AUGCAAAACACUACUACAGGACCUGUCGUUAAAUUUAAAAUAGUUUUUCUUGGUGACUAAUCAGUAGGAAAAACCUCUAUCAUCAAUCGUUUUAUUUACGAUAACUUCACUGGAAGUGAAUAACCUACUGUUGGUAUCGAUUUCAUUUGCAAAACCCUAUAAAUGGAUAAUAAAACUUUGAGACUUCAACUUUGGGAUACUGCUGGUUAAGAACGUUUCAAGAGUUUAAUUCCCAGUUAUAUUAGAGAUUCAAAUGCAGCUAUCAUUGUUUACGAUAUCACUAAUCAAAAUUCCUUUAGCAAUGUCACUAAAUGGGUAGAAGAGGUUAAAGAAGAAAGAGGAAACAACGCUUUUAUUUUUAUUUUAGGAAACAAAUCUGAUUUAGAAGAUAGAAAGGUGUCUCUUGAAGAAGGAUAGGCUAAAGCAAAGUAAUUUGGUCUUAACUUCUGUGAAGUCUCUGCAAAAACAGGAUAAAAUAUUAGCAGCUUUUUUAAGAAUUUAUCUAUGACACUCAGUGGAGGAAACUCUAACGAAACCCCUAAUUAGUAGCUAUAGACAGAUAAUAAGUCAGGACAACCAUAAUAGCCAAGUAAUAAUAACGAUAAUGCAAAUAAAGGCCAAAAAUUAUAGAAUCCUUCAAAAACUGAUGAUAAGGAUAAAAAGAAAAAAGGAGGAUGUUGUUGA